UAUUGUCUUCCCCCCCUUCCGACAAAAACCUUUUCUUCCCAGUGUUCCAAUCAUCAUCUCCUGCAUAAAUCCUAUACACUCCGGCAAACGACGCCGUUUUCAGCUGAAGAGGAAGAAAUCGCUCCAUCUCCGUUUGGCUUUCGACAAUGGCUACUGUUAUGCAGAAAAUUAAAGACAUCGAAGAUGAGAUGGCAAGGACCCAAAAGAAUAAAGCUACUGCCCAUCACCUUGGAUUGCUAAAGGCUAAGCUGGCAAAACUUCGGAGGGAGUUACUUACUCCAUCAUCAAAGGGAGGUGGCGGUGCAGGAGAGGGUUUUGACGUUACAAAAAGUGGCGAUUCUAGAGUUGGUCUAGUUGGUUUCCCGUCUGUUGGGAAAUCAACACUUUUAAACAAGUUAACUGGAACUUUUUCAGAGGUUGCUUCAUAUGAAUUUACCACAUUAACCUGCAUUCCAGGAGUGAUAACAUAUCGGGGAGCUAAGAUUCAGUUGUUAGAUCUCCCUGGCAUUAUUGAGGGUGCCAAAGACGGAAAGGGUAGAGGAAGACAGGUCAUCAGUACCGCAAGAACGUGCAAUUGUAUUCUGAUCGUUCUGGAUGCAAUUAAGCCAAUCACUCACAAACGUCUGAUUGAGAAAGAGCUUGAGGGAUUUGGAAUCAGAUUGAACAAGGAACCGCCCAAUCUGACAUUUAGAAGGAAAGACAAGGGUGGGAUCAAUCUUACCUCGACUGUAACCAAUACAAAUCUCGACCUUGAUACGGUGAAGGCAAUAUGCAGCGAAUAUAGGAUACACAAUGCUGAUAUUAGUCUAAAAUAUGAUGCCACAGCCGAUGACCUUAUAGAUGUUAUUGAGGGGAGUAGAGUCUACAUGCCUUGCAUCUAUGCUGUCAAUAAGAUUGAUCAGAUUACACUUGAAGAGCUGGAGAUUUUGGAUAAGCUUCCACACUAUUGCCCAGUCAGUGCACAUUUGGAAUGGAAUCUAGAUGGUCUGCUGGAGAAGAUCUGGGAAUAUCUCGAUCUGACUCGUGUAUACACAAAGCCGAAGGGAAUGAAUCCAGAUUAUGAGGACCCAGUGAUAUUAUCAUCAAAGAGGAGAACAGUUGAGGACUUCUGCAAUCGAAUCCACAAAGAUAUGGUCAAACAAUUUAAGUAUGCACUGGUCUGGGGAUCAAGUGCGAAACACAAGCCACAAAGGGUAGGCAAGGAGCAUGAGCUGGAAGAUGAAGAUGUUGUUCAAAUCAUCAAAAAAGUGUGACUUUACAACCUUUGUCAACAUGAUGAAUGUUGGCUGAGAUAGAUCUCUGCAGAAGAACUCCAUGUGAUUAAGCCUGCUAUGGACUGCACUUUUCAUAUAUAGGCAAUUAGCGGUUAGUAAAGGUGAAGAGAUGGCUUGACGUGUAAUUAAAGCUGUUUUGUAGUCAAGCUAUUUUUGGGAAGAUGUUUUCAUUCUGAUUCUCUUGAUAGUUAUCAUCAGUGAAGCAGAGACUCAGAAUGCAAUACCAUUCCAGCAUUCUAUGACUGUGAUUGCUGCUUUUGUCCUGUUUACUCUCUUAAAUAGAGUUUUCUUAAAUUAAACUGUUUGAAACAUAAGUUGCAGAUGAGGAGGAUGUUGGACCUACAAGUCAUUUUGCGCCGGGAAACAUUCAGAGGCACGUUUCAAUAGCUCUGAAAGCUACAAAUCUGGACUGUUUAUUACUUAUUUUUGCUCGUGUAAAGUAGUGUUGAACUUUCCAAUUGUAUUACUGUACAGAUCUGAAGCCACACUUUACCCAGACAAUAAGAUUGAAUUCGAAUC